CUCCUGCGGUUGCAAACGACAGCAUUUUCCAGGACAGGUAAUCUCGGCAGGAGUUCGCCAGAUCAAGAGAUAGGAAACCAUAUAUAACGGCACUCUUGACCAUGGCAUCGGUCAAAUCUUUCCCUACCAUUAAAACCGUUCGUACCUUCGUCAUUGAAGGUGUCGGCUCGGGCGGCGACUACCACAAUGUCGAGGGUGGUCACUGGCUGAUUGACAACAAGAUCUCGACACCGAUGAGCAAAUGGGAACGCUAUCGGAAAUCACGUACCUCUUUCGGCAUCAAUGUCCUGGGUUCUUUCUGCGUCGAGAUCGAGGCCACAGAUGGCACGAAAGGCUUCGCCACAGGAUUCGGGGGCCCGCCGGCGUGUUGGCUUGUUCAACAACAUUUCGAAAGAUUCCUCCUCGAUCGCGACCCCAGAGACGUUAAUGAUCUGUACGAACUCAUGUACAAGGGGUCAAUGUUUUAUGGACGCAAAGGAUUACCAGUGGCAGUCAUCUCGGUCAUCGAUCUGGCUUUGUGGGAUUUGUUGGGAAAGAUCAGGAAUGAACCAGUAUACAAAAUGAUUGGUGGUGCCACAAGAGACAAGUUGCACUUCUACUGCACCGGGCCUGAACCCUCAGCAGCUCAGAAGAUGGGCUUCAUUGCAGGCAAGGUCCCUCUACCAUACAGUCCAGAUGAACCCGACAGCCUGAAAAAGAACAUCGCUUUCCUGAAGAAGCAUCGCGAGGACGUGGGUCCUGACUUUCCCUUGAGAGUUGACUGCUGGAUGUCCUUGAAUGUGACUUAUACCAUUGAGCUGGUUUCGGAAGCCAAGAGACAGAACAUCAAUAUUGAUUGGUGGGAAGAAGUACUGUCGCCAGAUGAUUUUGAUGGCUUCGCACUGUUGAAGCGCGCACAUCCUGAUACAAAAUUCACAACUGGUGAACAUGAAUACUCUCGCUAUGGCUUCCGCAAGCUUCUCGAAGGCCGCAAUGUCGACAUUAUCCAGCCGGACGUCAUGUGGCUUGGAGGUCUCACCGAGCUCAUCAAAGUGUCUUCGAUGGCAGCAGCAUACGAUGUGCCGGUAAUUCCACACGCUUCAGGGCCAUAUUCAUAUCACUUUGUUGUCAGCCAGCAUAACUCGCCGUUCCAGGAGUACCUUGCCAACAGUCCGGAUGGAAAGAGUGUGCUUCCUGUCUUUGGUGAUCUCUUCUUGAACGAGCCAAUCCCGACCAAAGGCUAUCUAGACGUCAGCGUUUUGGACAAGCCUGGCUUUGGUCUGGAGUUGAACCCAAAUGCGCGUCUAGUCGAUGCAACAGGGUUGUUGGGCAUGAAACCGCAAAAAUCGUUGACACUGCCAGAGGAGAGGGAGCAUGCAAAGACCAAUGGGGCCGUGAACGGCGAUCAGUGAACGAGGAUUAUUCGGGUGUUGUGAAGUCCGUG